CCAAUGACAGGGUACAAUGUGCAUAACUACAUUGACCUCCCCCUGAUUCACCUCUAAUGUGCAGCCAUGUUUCGGUCUCUUCGCAGCCUACAGCAGUUUAACUGCUUCCUCCUGACUUCCCAGCGGCACAACGUGAGUAAAAAGCUGCUCUUUUCCACGUCCACAAUGGCCAGCUCCGAGUUCAGGAUCGAGCGAGACACUUUUGGGGAGCUCAAGGUCCCCGCUGACAAGUACUACGGUGCACAGACUGUCCGAUCUACCAUGAACUUCAAGAUUGGGGGACCAACAGAGAGAAUGCCGAUCCAAGUCAUCAAGGCGUUUGGGAUACUGAAGAAGGCAGCAGCAGAAGUGAACAAAGACUAUGGCCUCAACCCAAAGAUAGCAGAUGCAAUCGUUCAAGCUGCAGAGGAGGUUUCAGCAGGUAAACUGGACGAGCAUUUCCCUCUGGUGGUGUGGCAGACAGGCUCAGGAACCCAGACCAACAUGAACGUCAAUGAGGUGAUCAGCAACAGAGCUAUUGAAAUCCUGGGAGGCAAACUGGGCUCCAAAGAUCCAGUCCACCCCAAUGACCAUGUUAACAAGAGCCAGAGCUCCAAUGACACUUUCCCCACUGCCAUGCACAUUGCAGCUGCCACUGAAAUACACCAUGUCCUGCUGCCUGGCCUUCAGACACUGCAUGACGCUCUGGCUGCUAAAGCUGAAGAGUUCAAAGACAUCAUCAAAAUUGGACGCACACACACCCAAGAUGCUGUCCCUCUGUCACUGGGUCAGGAGUUUGGGGGCUAUGUACAGCAGGUGAAAUACAGCAUAGAGAGAGUCAAAGCUGCUAUGCCCAGGGUCUAUGAGCUGGCUGCAGGAGGAACCGCUGUAGGAACUGGGCUGAACACCCGCAUUGGUUUUGCUGAGAAAGUAGCCUCCACUGUGGCCUCACUCACUAGCCUGCCAUUUGUAACAGCCCCUAACAAGUUUGAAGCACUAGCAGCCCACGACGCUCUUGUAGAGUUAAGUGGAGCUUUGAACACGGUGGCUGUCAGUAUGAUGAAGAUUGCCAAUGACAUCCGUUUCCUAGGUUCGGGUCCAAGAUCUGGUCUGGGUGAGCUCAUUUUACCAGAGAAUGAACCAGGCAGCAGCAUCAUGCCUGGGAAAGUUAACCCAACUCAGUGCGAAGCAAUGACAAUGGUGGCAGCUCAAGUUAUGGGGAAUCAUGUGGCAGUAACUGUAGGUGGCAGCAAUGGACAUUUUGAACUCAAUGUCUUCAAACCUAUGAUCAUCAAGAACGUCCUGAACUCUGCAAGGCUACUGGGCGACGCGUCGGUCUCCUUCACCAACAACUGUGUGAUGGGCAUCCAAGCUAACACGGAAAGAAUCAACAAGCUCAUGAAUGAGUCUCUAAUGUUGGUUACAGCUCUAAACCCUCACAUUGGCUAUGAUAAAGCAGCCACUAUUGCCAAGACCGCACACAAGAAAGGGUCCACGCUGAAGGCUGUCGCUGUUGAGCUGGGGUACCUGACCGAAGAGCAGUUUGACCAGUGGGUCGUUCCAAGUGACAUGCUGGGGCCAAAAUGAACUCAUAACAAACCCAACAUCAAAUAAUUACAUCAAUUUGUAAUGUUAAAAAGGACAUUGUUUCACUGUACAGAUUCUGAAUAUGUUCAGGCCAAAACUGACAACACCUCCGUUAAAAAAGGCUAAAUUUAAGACAGUGACCAAGAGGUAUAUAAAGUUACACAUUAAGUUUUUGAGAUAUGCAGUUCUUCUCAGAGUCUUGGAUGUAACUGUUUUGAGUUCAAAGGAUCCAUCAAAAGUUUAGUCCAGGCCAUACUGUGGUCUGUUCUGUAUGAGUUAAAUGCAGUUUCUCACUUUAAUAAAACAUGAAUUUAAAGUC